AAAAUACAUUCGACGAGAGCGCAAGCGCAGCGCUAUAUUCACCCACAACUUCACUUCGGUCAACUUCGUCAUUUAGUGGUGACCGAAACGUUGAUGUGUGUGGUAGUGAAGUUAACUUUUCUAACAUAGUUAUCUCACAUUAAUAACAAUAACCAGUAACUAAAGUACAAUCGCUUAUUGAACGUGUCUAAAGAAACAUUUAACGUGACAAAGUUACAGAAUAAUAAUCAAAAUGUGUGAUAAUAACAGUCCUUCGACGCAAAGUAUAGCGGACUACUUAGCUCAGUUGCUCAAAGACAGGAAGCAACUGGCUGCGUUCCCGAAUGUUUUCAUGCACAUGGAACGACUUCUGGACGAAGAAAUAGCGAAAGUGCGAGCGAGUUUAUUCCAAAUAAAUGGAGUCAAAAAGGAACCGCUUAUUCUACCGGAAGCAGAGGGCGUUGUCACCACACUCACAGAGAAAGUAUACGUCCCGGUCAAAGAACAUCCAGAUUUCAACUUCGUGGGAAGGAUUCUAGGUCCCAGAGGUAUGACCGCCAAACAGUUGGAACAGGAAACGGGAUGCAAAAUCAUGGUCAGAGGAAAAGGAUCCAUGAGAGAUAAGAAAAAGGAGGACGCGAACCGCGGUAAGCCGAACUGGGAACACCUGGCCGACGACUUGCACGUGCUGCUCACAGUCGAAGAUACUGAGAAUAGGGCGAAGAUCAAACUCGCUAGAGCCGUCGAGGAAGUCAAACGUCUGCUUGUACCUCAAGCGGACGGUGAAGACGAGCUGAAGAAGCGUCAACUGAUGGAGCUGGCCAUCAUCAACGGCACGUAUCGCGACUCCAGUGCGAAGGCCGUCGUGCCCGUCAACGGUCAGUGCCUCAUAAGUGACUUCACAGCGGACGAGGAGUGGAGACGCGUGGCUGCGGCGGCGGCGGAGACCCAGCGACUGCUGGCGCCACAAGGCGGCGUGGGCGGCGUGGCUCUGCGCACUCAGGCGCCGUUGGGGGCGCCGCUGAUACUGUCGCCCCGCAUGUCCGGCCCUGGCGCCCAAGCGGGGCUGCUGAACGGUACAGGUGCGGGCGCCGCGGCCGGGCUGCUGUCCCCGGGCGAGCCGGCGCACCAGCUCAUCUACGCGUCUCCGUACGCCGACUACGCGAACUACGCCGCGCUCACCGCCGCCGCCAACCCGCUGCUCACCGCCGAGUACGCCGCCGCAGACCAUACCGGUGUGGUGCGGCGCGGUCGGCUCGCGCAGGUGCGGGAACACCCGUACCAGCGCACCGCACUUCCCGCGCCCUAAUUCCCGCCAAAACGCUCUCCAUCCGCCAUUUUAUUGACAAGGUGAGUGCUAACGGAGCAGUGGCACUAACAGGAGACGCGGCCGCGGAGCCACGCCCCUGGCACCGCCAUGCCACCUCAAUGCCACCUCAAUGCCACCGCAAUGCCACUCGCCACCGCCGCGUAACACUACCAUCGGAACAUCGAUCACCGUAGCUAUAUCGUUGGGCCUUUCACGUUAACAUAUACUAUGUAUUUAAUAGUCUAACUAUUAACAUUUAUAUGCCUGUUAUGUUUAUAACAUAAUGAACUAUAUUAACAUUUAUAUUUGUGGCGCAAUGGCACACGCCAUCGACUUUUAUUGUAUCACUUGAACGUUUUUGGUUGUUACAAUUUUAGGUUACCCGUGUCCUUUGACGGCGCUAAAUUUAGUUAAGUAUU